CAGAUCUCUAUGUAUCACGGAUUAGAAUAUAUAUUCUGUAACAAUGCUUUCCUACAUUUGGUGGAUUAUUGCACUUGUAUUUUUUAUUGUUAUCAUCUAGAAGAUUAUAUUCUGUAUGAAUGCUUUUAAAAUGCUUCGUCAGGCUGUUCCCGCCGAUGCUGCUGUUCAUGCCGUCCCCCCAGUGCCUAGCAUCACCGGCAACAAGUUCAGCGCUGUCCGACAAGGUGUCCUGCAGGGACAACCUCCGUCGACCUGUCAUCGAACUUCACUUGUGUGUCUUGUGUCGGGCGAGGGAGAGGGACGAUGUGCAUACGGGGUUGCAGUGCAGAGGUGCCGGUGGUUUCAAGUUGCAGGGCCGGGAGAAAUUUCACGGCAACCAGGAGUAAUAAUAUUUUUGGUUACUUGGGAAUACGAUGAUGUUCUGGUGACGUGGAACAUGCUGAGAUUUGGACUUCAAUCCUUGAUUGUGCACGCUUGCAGGGCCGCCGCCGUUGCUGAACACAAACGGGGCUCGAAGCAGGCCAAUCUCCGAGGUGGACCGGGCAACGGAUCGUGGAGAGGCGCCCAAGGAUUUUUUUUUGCUUCUAUUGAUUGUGCCAUCCAAUUAGUCUAGACUUUUCACCAUUGCUAAUUACUAGGGGUGUAUGGGUGCCGGACCUGGUAAGUGGCCUGCACGCUACGCUCUUGAAAAAUAAUUUGCAACCAUGCUUGCACUGAAUUUUUAUUUAUUUCCCGAUGUACCUUACAACAACUUCAUGAUGUAGCACUACUUUGCACUAGCAUGCACCUGCAGAUAUAAUAUGGAAAAUGACUGUCAUUUAGAAUUACUUCCAAGCUGCAUCGUCUAUCUGAAUGUCAGCCCGAAACCACUGGUUGGCACACAUAAAAUUUUGGAAGUUGUAUGUAGUCCUCCUUCUUUGAGCCAAACUUUAUGUCUAUGAUUGAUGAAUCAAUAUAAUUUUUUUGUUCAAGCUGGAUCCAAUAGAACAUGGCUUUGGUGGUAGUUCCCAGUACAUGUAGAAUUUCUAUCCUUCUAUAUGUGUACUGAAACAAUUUAAGGUCACUAUGUAGUAAAUUCAUCAUACUAUAUGUCCACGGAAACCACUUAAGGUCAAAAGUGACAAGUAGAACCACAUGCAUCGUUUUGGGUAGUCUAACUUGACUCUAUUACUUUUAUCUCAUAAAUCUAUGAUCGGUGCGUUUUUUACGUGGAAUAUAUUCCGGAGCGGUUGCUGGUGUUAGGGAUGCAUUUAUAUAUGGGAUAAUUGCAUUAGCUAUUUCAUACGAUUGGCAUGCAAGGAUUUUUCUUCUUUAGUAUAACUCUCUGUAUUUUUAUUGUUUCUUUUAUUGUUUCCAGAAUGCAUUUCCACAAUAGAGAUGGGAAAUGGAUACAUCGUUGUCGUCCUUCAGUGAGCAGCCGAGGAGGAGCUCCUCCAUGCUGAUGAUGUGGAAGACAGAUACCCUGUCCGUGACGCCUGGUUCUGGCCUCAUAUACAUGUAAGUACCCGUUCGUUCAUUAAUAGAUAGCAUAUAAGGAAGUGUGUCGUCUGAAUUUGGAUCAUGCCAUGCACAAGACUAUUCAGAUUGUUUUCUUGAGGAAAGUGAGUAUUCAAGUUGGUUAGAUGAAAGUGUAUCAUCAUUUUUUCAUGAAAAAUAAUUUCAUAAUACCAUAUUGCAGUGACUUCCUAUGUCAUCAGCAAAUGCAGUGGAGAAGAAGCCGGUUCACCACAUGAUCAUUUAAUUUGUUAUUGUUUUUUAACUAUUCCCUGUUGCAUGUAUAAUCAGAAAAAAUAAAACUCCUCCUUUCGGCCCAUACUAGGAGUCUGGAAGUGAUACUUUUGUGAGGAGUGCUGGAACAUGACUGGAUCAAGCGAGACAGAGAACAAUGGAUGAAAGAAAGAGAUCAGAAAAGGGAUUCACUCCUGACCACCUCAUACAUAUAUACAUGUGUAAGAGCUUGUCACCUCAUACAUAUCUCUUGUAGCUAUAUAGGGCUCUUUUCGUAUUCUAGGAAAUUUUAAAAUUAUAUUUUACUAGGGAUGUAAGUAUCAGAUGCUAGAUAUGUGAUCUAGAGAUUUUAGACUUUCAGGAUUCAACCAUCAGUUGUCUUCCUUGAAUAUUUAUUUAUUUUUGUAGGGCAAUAUGUUUUUUUAAUCCUUGAAGCGCCAUUCAGAACUUAUGAUCGUGGUUGUCAAAUUCCUGUGAAAUAUAUACCUUUGAUCUCAGUUUUAUAGGGAAAUUAACAUGAUCUCAUUUUUAUCAUGCUGACAAUAUAUUAUGUUAUACCUUUGAUUUUGGUAAUGGUAUGUUUUCCCAUGAUUGCUGUCAUUUUUUGUCCUACAUG